AAGCGCGGCGGGCUUGAAAACUUGUGUAAAUAUUUACCUACCAUCGAUCGGAAUCCAAAAAAUCUUGCAAAAAAUUGCCGAAAAAGAUUGUUUUUCUUUUCCUUACUGUUAAGUUUUAUGUUUUCCACUGAAAAUUUCAAUGUGCCUGUUAUCAUAACAACAAUACUCUAAAAAAAUAUGAUUCAAACUGAAGUAAACCGCGCCGCCCAGGUGAAAUCCCAUUUGCUGCAAACACAUUGCAUUAGAGUGGCAGAUGAUUGGCUUACGGGAUGUGUGUCGUUCUGCCUGCAGGAGAACCCGAAAACCUCCAACACGGCUCUGUUCAAGUUCACCUUCGACCAGUGGAUACUAGCCGAUUUGCUGGAAAUCGGCGUUUCCAGCUUGCCAGAAACGGUCGAAACGGAAACCAAGUGCUUCAUCUUGAAAGGCAUGUUUCCGCUGCAGCUGAACUACCUGAUGGAUAUUUCGGAACCGUGCUAUGAACAGCUGAGGAAUCUUUACAACAAAAAACUGGACGAGGCGGACGACGAAAUUCAGAUGCGUAAGAACCAGGCGCAGCACGUCAAGAAGCGGAGGAUGCUGAAAUUGGAAAUGACGGAUGGGAAGCGAACGGUCAUAGGAAUGGAACAUAGUCCGAUAGCGGCUUUGAAUACUAAGCUUCCACCGGGGGUAAAAGUGCUACUCACUGGUCCUAUUCGGUGCAUAAAUAAGGUGUUGCUCCUUGAACCGAAAAAUAUUAAAAUUUUGGGUGGAGAAGUGGACACUUUGCUCAUUACAAAUGCUUUUGAGAACAUCCUGCUCAAACAGUUGGGUCAGCCGCUGAAUCCGAAUCCUAAAACUGAAUACGACGAAGUUGUGGUUACGGAAAACAAACGAAACGCAAACUAUGGCAAUAUACCGUCCGUUCCGAUGGUUUUCCCUUCGCCGGCGAAACCGACGCUGAGUAGAUUAAGCAACAAUAACUACGAUGAUUGGGAGGACGACAUGUUCUUGGAAAUCAAUCUGGACGGGAUUGAAUCUAAAAGUAAUACGAACCAUCCACCCGAGCAAGUUCCUACGGUUAGUACCGUCAUCGACGACGAUGACGAUCUGGAAAUAAUCGAAGUUCCCCAAGCAGAAAUUAUGCAUCAUCACGUUUCUUCCACUAAGACAUCUCAACCUUCGCCAUCUGAAGCAUCCCGGCCAAAUCGUCCCACCUACCGAUUGCCCUCAUUCGAAGAACCAGAUGAUGAUAUCGACGCUCUCAACUUGCUCGAAGAUCAGAUUUUAAGCGAGCAACGUAAUCAACCUCGGGUGGACUAUGACGAUCCGGAAAUAACAUCCUCCCCUCCAGUGGGUUCGAUUCCUAACGCAAAGCGGCCACGUCUCACUUCCUCAGAGGUACCAACCGGUAAAGCCCGAAAGCAAUUCGACAUCGCUGUCGACGAUCAACAACCUUCCACCAGCAGGAACUGGGACAAAAUGGCACUAUUCGACAACAGUUUGGACGAUGUGUUCGAAAUGGAGGAGAAACUUCCAAGCUCGUCCGGGAAGGUCAACAUUCUCUCCCCGUGCUACCAGUUCCAAAUCGAGGGAUACAGUUUGGUGACUGUGGAUCAAAUCAGCGAACUAAGCGAUGCUGACCGCAGCGAGCGCUCGUUUGUUUUAUUCUGUGAGGUGGACAGUGUGUUCGAACGUAUUCGCAUUACAGACGAUGAUGGCUGGAAGCUGGGCGUCAUGUUAACGGAUCGGUCGGAACGGGUGCUACCGGUGCGCUUUCAUACAUCUGUAAUUAGCAAGAUGGUUGGUCAUGAGGCCAGUAAAAUUCAACAAAUGAAACGGGCGAAAGAUCCACAUGUGAUGAAACUACUACAAGAGAUUUUAGUCAACUUCAAGAAUGAGCUACAAGAUUUGAGAACCUUUAUGCGAGUUCUUUAUCAUCGAGGUAAUGAUUAUCCCGUAAUUAAAGAACUGUAUGAAUGCACCAAGUCCCGCCUGUCUACACUCACUAAUAAAAUAGAUCGCGAAAAUCUGAAACAUUUGCUCGAUAUUUUGCCUCAAGGUUGCAGUGUUGAACGGUAAGAUUCUUUCAAUUUAAAAAGGCUGAGUUUUUUUUUGUAAAUAUAUUUAUAAAAAUGAUCUACGUUCACAAUA